AUGGUCCCUCAGAAGGGCGCGGGAGCGUGCGGGGCUGGGCGCGGCGGGGCGGCCCACGGAGAACCUCACGAGCGAAGGCGGACAUCAAUUUUGAACCUCAAGGAAUCAAAAGCUUCUGAAAGAACAGUUGUAGUUGCUGGUCUCCCAGUUGGCCUUUUCAGUGAUCAAGUAUUGGCCAUAUUAGUGAAGAGUCACUUCCAAGAUACUAAGAACAAGGGUGGAGAUGUUGAAGAUGUGGUAUAUCCAACAAGAACCAAGGGAGUCGCAUAUGUAAUAUUCAAAGAAAAAAAAGUUGCAGAGAAUGUUAUCGGAGAAAAGAAACACCAUCUAGUAAAGAAGGCUGGAGGUAUUCCACUCACAGUCUCUCAUUUUAGUGAGAAGAUCUUCAGCUCUGUAAAUGCUAUCCUCGAUCUUUCUGUUUUUCUUACGCAAGUUACCCUAGAAAGUCUGGUAAUGGACCUAAAAAAGAAAAUCCCAACUUUAAGUUUCAGUCCUUUGGAACUCAAUGGAAGAAUCUCCGUGGGAGGAUCGUUUCUGGCUAUCAAGAGGCUCAAAGAAUCUUUGCUAUUAAAAGCAAGUUCUCUUUUUGAAAAGAACAGGAAUUUUACCAAUGAGGGGAGAAAGUGGAAUAGACAAAGCACCCAAAAAAGUCUACAGAGAAGUAGUAAGUCUUGGGAGUCACUCAGGACCUUAGUACCUGAGACUGCUAGAAGUGGAGAGACGCUUGUUCUUGACACAGAUAUUUUCCUUUACUUGAAACAGAAGUGUGCGUUUUAUGAAAACACACUGAAAAAAUAUCAUAUUCUAAGUCAGGAGAGAAUGGAUGGUGAAAUCACCACAAUUUGUCUGAAAAAUGCUGAAGUUGGUUCUCAGCUAAACAAUGCAAAACAUGUGAAAGAGCUCAUUGAGAAAUGGUCACAUGUUCUUCACUUUGAGCUUAGAAAAGAGACAUUUACUUUGGUAGGAAAGGAAAAUAGAAAGAAAAGAAAUAUUGAAUGGGCAUGUGAACAACUACGUCCAAAAUACCCGAGGGUUCUGAUUAACUUUUAUAGGACACACAUUGACAUUAUAGGAUCUUCUUCUGACACUUACUAUUUUAAAAAAGAGGUCACAAAAUUAAUAGGACAAAAGGUUAGUUAA